AUGUACCCGAAUUGGGAUGGGUAUGGCGGGAGCAGCCACUAUCCACCGCCGCCCAUCCCGCCGCCCAUCCCACCGCCGCCUCCGCCUCCGCCUCCGGUGGCGCUUCCUGAGGCCUCUCCGGCGCCCGGUUACUCGAGUUCGACGACUCCCACGGUUCCCUCCUCUUCGGGCUUCAUGAGCUUCCGCGAGCAGCAUCUGGCACAGCUCCAGCAGCUGCAGCAGAUGCACCAGAAGCAAAUGCAGUGCGUGCUCCAGCCUCACCACCUCCCCCCGCCCCCGCUGCCACCCCCGCCGGUGAUGCCGGGGGGCGGCUAUGGGGACUGGCAACCGCCGCCGCCGCCGAUGCCCCCGCCUCCUGGACCGGCACUCAGCUAUCAGAAGCAGCAGCAAUACAAACAUCAGAUGCUUGAUGAUGUCCCAGGAGACGAGCCUUCUGGAUUGGUUCCCAUGGAGCUGGAUUCCCCUCCUGAGUCUCCCCCUGUGCCACCAGGCUCCUACAUACCCCCUUCACAGUCUUACAUGCCCCCACCCCAACCGCCACCCUCCUAUUACCCGCCGUCCUCUUCCCAGCCUUACCCGCCUCCUGCUCAGCCAUCCCCUUCCCAUUCCCCACCUUCCCAGUCUUACCUGGCACCCACUUCAUCUUACUCUUCUUCCUCCUCCUCCUCCUAUUUGAGCCACUCCCAGUCGUACUUGCCCCCUUCUCAGGCAUCUCCUUCCCGGUCCUCCCAGAACCAUCCCAAAUCCCUACCAUUACCACCUCCCGGCCCUGCUGGGAAUAAGCCAGAGCCUUUGGAAAGUGGAAUCAAGAACAAGAGUGCUGCUGAACAGCAAGCCACGGCUGAGCCAGAUCCCUCCACGAUGACUCCACAGGAACAGCAGCAGUAUUGGUACCGACAGCAUCUCCUUAGUUUGCAGCAAAGGACAAAAGUGCAUUUGCCAGGACACAAAAAGAGUAGUCCUGCUGGGACAAAAGAUACACCAGAGCCAGUAAAAGAAGACACUACUGUACCUGCCACCAGUCAAGUAGUAGAGCCCCCUGCAUCUGAGGAGCCUCCAUUACCCCCUUCUAGCGAAGAGGCACCACCUCCUCUCCCACCUGAGGAACCCCAGUCUGAGGACCCAGAAGAAGAUGCCAGGUUAAAACAGUUGCAGGCUGCAGCAGCACAUUGGCAGCAGCACCAGCAGCACCGAGUGGGCUUCCAGUAUCAGGGAAUCAUGCAGAAGCACACUCAGUUACAGCAGAUCCUGCAGCAGUACCAGCAGAUCAUCCAGCAGCCGCCACAUAUACAGACUAUGUCUGUGGAUAUGCAGUUACGUCACUACGAAAUGCAGCAGCAACAGUUUCAGCAUCUCUACCAAGAAUGGGAACGAGAGUUUCAGCUGUGGGAGGAACAACUCCAUUCUUAUCCUCAUAAAGAUCAGCUUCAGGAGUAUGAGAAACAGUGGAAAACAUGGCAGGGACAUAUGAAAGCCUCUCAGAACUACCUUCAAGAAAGAGUCAAUUCAUUUCAAAACAUGAAGAAUCAGUAUAUGGGGAACAUGUCAAUGCCACCUCCUUAUGUUCCAUAUUCUCUGAUGCCUCCACCUCUACCAACAAUGCCCCCUCCGGUACUGCCGCCAUCAUUGCCACCUCCAGUGAUGCCCCCAGCCCUGCCUACUUCUGUGCCACCACCAGGCAUGCCCCCACCUGUGAUGCCACCUUCUCUUCCAACCUCUGUGCCCCCUCCAGGGAUGCCUCCAUCGCUUUCUUCAGCUGGACCACCACCGGUUCUUCCUCCACCUUCCCUUUCUUCCACAGGGCCGCCUCCAGUUCUACCCCCACCAUCUCUGUCUUCAGCAGCACCACCUCCUGUUAUGCCUCUCCCACCGUUGUCUUCAGCCACACCCCCUCCAGGAAUACCUCCCCCUGGCAUACCUCAGUUAACUGCAACCUCAGUUCCAUCGGCUUCCAGUUCUCAGAGCUCCCAAGUUCCAGAGAAACCUAGACCAGCACUGCUUCCUACUCCUGUAUCUUUUGGUUCAGCCCCACCCUCAACUUACCAUCCUCCAAUGCAGUCAGCUAUGGGUCCAUCAGAUCAAGUGAAUUCUAAAGCUCCUCUGAAUAAGUCUACGCCAUCAUACAGCCCGUUCUCAUCUGAGCAAGGACAUGGGGAAUCUUCACUUGCUUCAUCUGCAGUCAAGGACAUGCCAGUGAGGUCAGGUGGACUGCUUCCAGAUCCUCCCAGAAGCAGUUACUUGGAAGGUCCAAGAGGCCCAAGAUUUGAUGGUCCUCGAAGAUUUGAGGAUUUAGGGUCAAGGUGUGAAGGACCGAGACCCAAAGGGCCUCGUUUUGAAGGAAAUCGCCCCGAUGGGCCAAGACCCAGAUAUGAAGGUCACCCAGCAGAGGGCACUAAAAGCAAAUGGGGAAUGAUUCCCCGGGGGCCAGCAUCUCAAUUUUAUAUUACCCCCAAUACAUCCCUGAGUCCUCGACAGACUGGACCACAGUGGCGAGGCCCCAAAUCAGCUUUUGGACAGCAGCAUCAACAGCAACUUAAGUCACAAGCAGAACCUCUUUCAGGAAGCAAAGAACCAUUAGAUACCAAUAGUAACCAACAGAAGAAUUUAAAAAUGCCAUCAUCUACAUAUUCCAUUACUGCAGAUAUAAAGGAUACCAAGACAGCUCAGUCAAAUGAGAAUCUAAGCGACUCUCAACAAGAGCCACCUAAAAGUGAAGUCUCGGAAGGACCCGUAGAGCCUUCUAAAUGGGAUCAGAAUUCUCAAACUAUGGAGACUCAGAUGGACAAAGUCCAAGCUGUUACUCAGCCUGUAACUCUUGCAAAUAAACCUGUACCUUCUCAAUCUACUUUUCCUUCAAAAGUUGGGGAGCUGGAGGGAGAAGGCGCAGCAGUAGUGACAUCAUCAUCAUUAAUUGCAGAUAAUGAUUUUAAAUGUAUUGAUACUGAUUUGCCUCAUUCAGAAAACAACCAAGAUAAAGGACUGCCUCCACCAGAUAGCAAAGAUGUUCGAUUAGAAGGCAGUCGGGACAAUAGUUCAUCUUACAGGGGCCCUGGGCAAAGCAGAAUGGAAGACACACGGGAUAAAGGUCUGGUAAACAGGGACCGAGGCCAGACAGUCAGCCGAGGCCCAGGGUUAAUCAAGCAAGAAGACAUUCGUGAUAAGAUGAUGGGUAGAAGAGAAGACAGUCGAGAGAAGAUGAACAGGGGUGAGGGCAGUCGAGACAGAGGGUUGAUGAGGCCAGGAAGCAAUCGGGAGAAAGUGCCAGGUGGUCUGCAGGGCAGCCAGGACAGGGGUCAAGCUGGUAGCCGAGAAAGGGGCCUACCUCGGGGGCCCAGCAGUCAGGAGAGAGGACCCCCUCGAAGGGCUGGCAGUAGGGAGAGAAUACCACCCCGAAGAGCUGGGAGCCGGGAGAGGGGACCACCUCGAGGGCCUGGCAGUAGGGAAAGGGGACUAGGAAGACCAGAAUUCGGUCGUGAGAGAGGUCCUUUCAGACCAGAACCAGGAGAUGAUGGGGAAAAAAUGUAUCCAUAUCACCGAGAUGAGCCCCCUAGGGCUCCAUGGAACCAUGGAGAAGAGAGAGGGCACGAAGAAUUCCCAUUAGAUGGUAGAAAUGCUCCAAUGGAACGAGAAAGACUUGAUGAUUGGGAUAGAGAUAGAUACUGGAGAGAGUGUGAACGUGACUAUCAGGAUGAUACACUAGGUCCAUAUAAUAGAGAAGACAGGUUUUCAGCACCACCACCUCGCUCUCAUGAUGAAGAUAGACGAGGCCCAUGGUGGGAUGAUUGGGAAAGGGAGCAGGACAUGGAUGAGGACUAUGGUAGGGAAGUGGACAGGGACUUGAACAUGGAUGUGGAACGGAUUGGAAGACCCAUGGAUAUGUAUAAUAGAAAUUUGGAUAAUGAAUGGGACAGAGAUUAUGGGAGAUCACUGGAUGAACAAGAAACACAGUUCCAUGAACGAGAUAUUCCAUCAAUUCCAUCUUUACCAAACCUCCCACCUCUUCAACCUUUGGAUAGAUAUCGGGAUGAUAGAUGGAGAGAAGAAAGAAAUCGGGACCAUGGGUAUGAUUUCCGUGAUAGGGGUGAGUUGAGGAUUCGAGAAUAUCCAGAAAGAGCAGAUACAUGGCGGGAAAAACGAGAUUAUAUUCCUGACAGAAUGGACUGGGAAAGAGAGCGGUUGUCAGACAGAUGGUACCCUUCUGAUGUGGAUAGACAUUCCCCCAUGACGGAUCAUAUGCCCCCCUCACAUCAUUCUUCUGAAAUGAUGGGGUCGGAUGCAAACUUAGACUCUGACCAAGGCCUUGGAGGGGUAAUGGUUCUCAGUCAGAGGCAGCAUGAAAUCAUUUUGAAGGCUGCACAAGAACUGAAAAUGCUUCGGGAACAGAAAGAACAGCUUCAGAAGAUGAAAGACUUUGGAUCUGAGCCACAGAUGCCUGACCAUCUACCACCCCCAGAACCACCAAGAUUGCAGAAUACAGCUAUUAGACCUGGAAUGUAUCCGCCUCCAGGGCCCUAUAGACCACUCCCUCCUAUGGGUAAACCACCACCUUCAAUCAUGAGACCAUCUCCACCACCAGCAAGAUCAUCUGUUCCCAUGAACAGGCCGCCUGUCCCAUUACCACCACCACCACAUCCACCUCCUCCUCCUCCUGCUCUUCCACCUCCUCCAGUGCUAAAGGCACAGACUUCUGGUGUGGAACAGGAGCGCUGGGAUGAAGAUUCAUUUUAUGGACUCUGGGAUACAAAUGAUGAUCAAGGACUGAAUUCAGAAUUUAAGUCAGAAAAUGCAGCAAUUCCAUCUGGUCCAGUGUUACCUCUUCCACCUGUUCACGCUUCCAUUCCACCUCCUGGCCCAAUGCCACCAAUGGGCAUGCCACCAAUGUCCAAACCCCCGCCUGUGCAGCAGACUGUUGAUUAUGGCCAUGGCCGAGAUAUACCCACUAAUAAAGUUGAACAGAUACCUUAUGGAGAAAGAAUUACUCUGCGCCCAGAUCCAGUACCUGAAAGGUCAACUUUUGAGACAGAGCAUACAGGCCAGCGUGAUCGUUACGAUAGAGACAGAGACCGGGAACCUUAUUUUGACCGUCAAAGUAAUGUCAUGGCAGAACAUCGAGAUUUUAAAAGAGAUCGGGAAACACACAGGGACCGAGACCGGGAUCGUGGAGGUCCUGAUUAUGACCGAGACCGCUUUGACAGAGACCGCCGACCUCGAGAUGACCGGGUAAGAUGGGCAGACCUGGAAGAAAAGAAGGACGCAGAUAGGAAAAGGGCCAUAGGUUUUGUGGUCGGACAGACUGAUUGGGAGAAGAUCACAGAUGAAAGUGGUCACCUGGCUGAAAAAGCCCUCAAUCGAACCAAAUAUAUAUGA